GCAUAUUGCUUGUCGUGCAAGGCGCCGAGUCAACGUGAAAUUCGCUUUCCGCUACAAGCGUGCUCCGAUGUACGCGCUACCAUAAGCGCGAAGCCCAGUAUAAGCUGUCAACUUAAGACGGUACAAAAGCUAGGCCUGCCCGGUGGAACUUCUCUAACCGACAUGGAGCCAAAGCCUCCUACAGCAAUUCUGAGUACACGAUAUAAUUGCCAGCACGUAUGCACACUCUUUGUUCUGCCUACACACCCAUAAACCGAACAAAAUGCAAGUCAGCAAGGUUCCCUCGUCCGCUUCGGCUCGGUGUCUUCCUCGCCUGCCUGUUCGCACCAGCCGUGUGUGCCAGCUGAGUGUGCGUUGUCAGGCGGCUAACAAGGACCCCAACGCACCCAUCCAGUCCAACCCGCUAGGCUCAUUCAGCUCUCAGAACUCGUCGGGAGCAGUCGUUACGGCCCCGCGCAACGAGGAUGCGCGCAAGUACUUCCGCACGGUCUACGACUUCCCCCAGUGGCAAAAGCACAGGUCCCAAUCCCGCCUGGUCCGCCGGCUGUUCACCAUUCCACAGUCCCACGUGAUUCAGAACGCGCUGCCGUCCAUCAUGUGGGUGACCUUCACCUCCACCUGCGUCGCCGCCUACAUGUACGGCUAUGAUCUGCACAUUCUGCCCGAGGGCUUCCCCACCCUGGCGCCCAACGCCGCGUGCUCCGCCUUCAUUUCCAACACUAGCGUUGCGCUGUCGCUGCUGCUGGUGUUCCGCACCAACUCGUCCUAUGGACGGUGGGACGAGGCACGCAAGAUGUGGGGUGGCCUGCUGAACCGCAGCCGUGACAUCAUGCGCCAGGGCGCGACCUGCUUCCCGGAUGACCAGGUGGAGGCCAAGAAGGCCCUGGCCCGCUGGACUGUUGCGUUCGCGCGUGCUCUGCGCAUCCACUUCCAGCCGGAGGUCACGAUUGAGAGCGAGUUGCAAAACAUCCUGACCCCGGCGGAGCUGCAGAUGCUUGCGAAGAGCCAGCACCGCCCCGUGCGCGCCAUCCACGCCAUCAGCCAGAUCAUCCAGUCGGUGCGCAUGAGCUCCAUCCACCAGCAGCAGAUGAGCAACAACCUGACCUUCUUCCACGAUGUGCUGGGAGGCUGCGAACGCCUGCUGCGUGCCCCCAUCCCCGUGUCCUACACCCGCCACACCGCGCGCUUCCUGUUCGCGUGGCUGACUCUGCUGCCGUUCGCCCUGUACGGGUCGUGCGGCGUGUCCGUGAUCCCGGUAUGCACGGGCAUUGCCGCCGUGCUGUGCGGUAUUGAGGAGAUUGGCGUGCAGUGCGAGGAGCCCUUCGGCAUCCUGCCCCUGGACGUGAUCUGCAACCGCAUCCAGGCCGACGUCAUGGCCACGCUGAAGGACGACGCGGACACCAAGACCGUCCUGGCGGAGGCCGGACUCAUCAGCCUAAUCCCGUCCAUGUCGCUGCCGCCUACGGAGCACGCGUCGCCCUCGGACCCCGUGACCGCCGCGGCCGCCGCCGCUCUCGCCGCGGCCAACGGCAACGGCGCUGCCAGCCACUCAAACGGCAAUGGCAGCAAGCCGGUGAGCACUCAGGUGCCGCCGCCGGUGCUGGCGCCUGUGACUGUCACCUCGUCCUCCGGCAGCAUGAACGUGCGCAUCUCGCCCCGGUAGAAGGCCCGGCGCUGGGUGUAAGAGCAAGGUGCUAUGUUGCUGUGUGCGGGGAGUGCGCGGCCGGGGGUUUGGCAGCUUCCAGCGGGCUACCGUAGCUGUAGCUGGGGGCCCGCGUUGACAUGCGGCCGGUUCCACGGCGGGCAGCACUCACGGCAGCGCGGCGGUGGCCCGCGCGGCAGCCAGCAGCCGGGCGAGGUGGCUUCGGUGUAACCUGGGCACCAGCUUACGCACGGCGUGGUCCUAACAGCUCUGGUGCUAGCGGCGGGGCUAACCGUGGCGCGAUGGGCUUGGAAACUGCAGCGGCAUGACGGCAACGUGCGCGAGGCAUCAGCGGCGGCGAGGUGAUGCCCGUGUGCAAGGCGCGGAUGGCUCCUGCGCGCCCGCGUGUGUACUAGGAGGCAACAAGGGGAGUGUGAGGCAGUGAUGCGUGCAUUCCUGUGUUUUCGUGGCUGGUUGCACAUGCGCCACGGCUGCGAUGCACGCAGCGGGGUGCGUGCAUGCACGGCCGUACUGCCGAGCCUAAGUGCCUGGCUGGAGCAUGAGGGAAAAUUGGUUUGGAAGCGUUCCAGGUGGUUGCACAAAAGUACACCAUCUCAUUCCGCGCAUGGUGCGGCCGGAUGGCCGUAUGCAUAAUGUCUGACGCGUUGGUGCCAUUUACACAUAACACAGCACUGGCGCAAUGCAGACACGAACCUGAGUUUGAGCCGCAGAUAUGGGGGUGGUUAUGAGGUUGUAUAUUGCGCACCCCCGAGGUCCUCACAAGCCGGUCCUGUGUCAUGGGUGCGUGAGAGGUUGAAGUCGUCACACUAUUCAUGUGCGGCCAUGAAUACUAGCAUGGGGUGGUCCAGUUGCCCUGACACACGAACACAAUAACGAGCGUAUAUUGGCGCGGUGUGUACCAACUUCCGCUAGUCAAGAAGACGUCACGCGUGCCCUGUACUGUUUUUCCGAGUGUGCACACUACACUCUGUACAAAUAAGGCAUUGGUAGGCAGGGUGAAGAAGAUGUGGUCGGAGUUCGGCGCCUGUGGUGGGUAUUGUUGGUUUCGGAUCGGCACAUUACCCAAGGGAUAACCCGCGGGUGGCCGAGAGAGUGUACGUGACUGCCUGCGAGUAGGCGAUGCAUACAAAUGAAGGUAUGUUACUGUGGGGUGAGUUGCAGAAGACAUUAACUUGAUGAGGUUACGGGCUAGAGCGUUGAUGCACGUAACACGACAGCGGACAGUAGCGGACCGACAGGCUCUCUUCGCAGUCAGGGGUAUAUCGCGGAUAUUGCAUGUUACAGGGACACUCCUGUCAUGCACUGUAACCAGGCUACCAG